AUGAUGAAGAGAGACAGCCCCGGCCCUUCCGGCUCGGAACCGCCGCGAAAAAGGCCUCUGACAGUCGACGCGAACGGCAAGCCGAGGUUUAAGGGUUGCGACGGUAUCAAGGCAUAUGAGAUCAUUUGCAAGCUUGGAGAGGGCACAUUCGGAGAGGUUCAUAAGGCUCGCCACAGAGCUACUGGCUCCAUGGUGGCGCUGAAAAAAAUUCUAAUGCAUAAUGCGAAGGAAGAAGGGUUUCCGAUCACUGCAUUACGGGAGAUCAAGAUCUUGAAAAUGCUAUCACACAAGAACAUCGUUCGAUUAAUGGAAAUGGCCGUUGAGAGGAAGAAGGAGCGAGGAGUUAUUGGGAGGGGAACACUUUAUAUGGUCACGCCUUACAUGGACCACGAUCUCGCGGGGCUACUUGAAAACCCGGAUGUAACAUUUACGGAACCACAGAUAAAGUGCUACAUGCUUCAGUUACUUGAGGGCACAAAGUACUUACAUGAGAACAAGAUAUUACAUCGUGACAUGAAAGCCGCGAAUUUACUCAUUGAUAACCGUGGCAUAUUGCAAAUUGCCGAUUUUGGUCUUGCUAGAAAAUUCGAGGAAGAGAUUCCCGUUGCUGGUGGUGGAGGGGGAAAUCCUGGCCGGGAUUACACUAACUGUGUCGUAACUCGAUGGUACCGGCCACCAGAGCUUCUUUUGGGGGAACGAGCGUAUACGUCGGCAAUUGACCUGUGGGGUGUAGGUUGUGUGUUUGCAGAGAUGUAUAAGGGAAAGCCGAUACUUCAAGGCAAUAGCGAUAUGGACCAAUUAAUGAAGAUUUUUCAAUUAUGUGGAUCCCCCAAUGAAAAAAAUAUGCCAGGUUUCGAGAAAUUGCCUGGAUGUGAAGGUUUUAGGCAGUUUGGCCCUUACCAUCGCGCACUAGAAGGCCACUACAGCGAUAGGAUGGGCAGCGCAGGCGUGUCCUUGCUCUCGGAGUUUUUAAGACUCGACCCCCGCAAGAGAAUCAAUGCUAUUGAUGCACUUAAACAUGAGUAUUUUACUACUGAUCCCCAACCUGCGAAGCCAAGCGAUUUGCCAAGAUUCGAAGAUAGUCAUGAGCUUGAUCGGAAAAAGUUUCGCAGUCGGGCCAAUCUUCCACCUGCACCGGCAGGAGGGACUGUUGGUCGCAAGGCAGACGCCCUGAUGGCCAAUGGAACAACGGAAGCGCAAGACACGGGGGAGGUCGUCAGCACGAUAAUCGACCACUACAAUCUCACGAUAGUCGGAUACCACAGGGACAAGGGCAAGGGCACAGACCACCCGGACCAGAUCAUCGUCCAGCCUGGACUAGGGGCCCCCACAAUCAGAUUCGGGCCAUCGAGAACUAGGCAUAGGCUUGCCCCCUAG